UAAUGUUAACCAAUUGCUUUCAAAGUCUAAUGAGCGCGAAAGACCGCAUCAAUUCGAUUGCGGACUGUCAAGUCAGCAGUUCCCUUUGUCAUCUGAAGAGGAACUACAGAUGCUAGAUACUGGUUUGUCGCAGAAAGAAACCAGGGACAGAUUUAUGGCAAUGGUCACUAGGUUAUCAGGUGACGAUCCAAAAACGUCCAUGCGUUUUGUUCUGUCGCAUCUGCUGACACCGGAGGUUGCCAGUAAAUUCACGUUACUUGGCACCUCUUCAAAACGAGCACUACAGAAAUGCACGUUUUACAGCUGCAUACGAAGUGCCUUAACUCAUCGCUUUUUGUCAUCCUCUGUCAACGAGAAAGACCUUGGUAAGCUGUACGACAUAGCGACACAAGGUUACUUUCACGACAUCCGAGACAAGAUGAUUAAACGAAAUAGAAAAAAAGAAAAUCCGGUAUGUACUAAUUUAAAGUGAUAACUUCCCUACGGCUCUAUAGUUACAGUCAACAAUACUAACGAACAUAACCGUAAGUUCAGCUUCAAGUAUUUAGCUGUGCAAAAGCAUGUCAUUGAGAUAUGGUUGUGACUUUUUUUGUUCGUUUUUUUAUUUCAGAAUUCACAGGAGGACUACCUCAAUUCUGAAUAGUCCGUGCAAUUUUUUUGUUGUUCUACCUCGAUUUCAAUAAACAUUAUUCUUUCAAACAGCUUACUCUUUUACUUACAUGGGAAACUGUUGAAGUGUUGAGAAUGUGUGUCUGAGUUUCAGUGAACUUUUGAUUAAAUGCACAUUCCCUAUGAAUAAAAUAUAACCUGUUCCUUGUUUUUCAGAUAAUUACAAAUAACAAUGAAUUAGCAAUUGCAUUGGAUAUGCAUAACAAUCGAUGCUUAAGCUUGUGCUUUACUGUUGUACAAUAAUACGCUUUUCUUUUUAAAUAAAAUUUUUAAAAUAUUUACUGCUUUUCCACUGCAUUGCAGAUAUACUUCGGUAUGUUGUUGCAAAUAAAGGCGGACAUAGGAGACCUUUAAGGUUCUGUCGAUGGAUAGACAAUAGAAGGUAAUGUGUGUAUUUAGGCUAAAAGUAGACAAUUAAGCGCAUAAGUAGGCAAUUCGGCGGAUAUUUAGGCGAUAACUCGGUAAUUUGUCGACAAAAAGGCGAAAAAGGGGAAAAUCCGCAUUAUUUCCCCCGGACAGGCGAAAAAGGCGAAAUUCUGAUGCGUUUUCCCCUUUAUUUCCCCUUUCGCUACCGAAGCAUUAACCCCUUUAUUUCCCCUUUCUUCGCCUUUAUUUCCGCUUUUUGGGUUGUCUGGG